CGCGCCUCAGCGGGGAGAAAACCUCUGCACAUAGAGUCUGAGAGACGUGGACCGUCCCGAGCAGAGGAGAGGAUGAAGCGAACAACUUUCCUGCUGGUGUUUGGAGUCUUGCUGAGCUUCUGUCAGGCUCAGUCGGAGACGGGAGGCGAGGAGACGGGCGGAGACGAGGAACAUGUGGAGCUCUUCACCACACCUGCGACAAAGAUGGGCGCCGCCGCCUCGGACUUCGGCUACAACCUGUUCCGCGCUCUGGCGAGCCGCGGCGCCGCAACUAACGUGUUCCUGUCCCCCAUCAGUGUGUCUGCGGUGUUGACGCAGCUGUCCAUGGGAGGGUCUGAGCGUGCCCAGAGGCAGCUGUUCAGGGCCCUGAGGUACCACACCCUGCAGGACCCUCAGCUCCACAACACCCUGAAAGACCUGCUGGCUGCAGUGAAGGCGCCCGGGAAAGGCUUGAGCACCGCCGCACGCAUCUACCUGGCACGACGCCUUCGUCUGAAGCAGGACUUCUUCGGACUUGUGGAGCAGCAGUACGCCAUUCGUCCCAAAGCUCUGCAGGGGGGAUCCAAGGAUGUUAAAGAAAUCAACGACUGGGUGUCUCAGCAGACGGGCAGUAAGGUCCAGCGUUUCCUGACCAAGCCCCUCCCCCGAAACGCUGGAGUGAACGCUGUGAGCGCCUCCUACUUUAAAGGGAAGUGGACAACCCGGUUCAGUCAGAGUCCGUCGGAGAACUUCCAGUUGGAUGGAAAAGCACCUGUCCGCAUUCCCAUGAUGCAACAGGAGAACUACCCUAUAAAAAUGGGAGUGGACUCAGAUUUGAGCUGCACGAUCGCUCAAUUCCAGAUGCAGGACGAUGUCAGCAUGUUCGUGUUCCUGCCUGAUGAUGUGACGUCCAACAUGACUCUGCUGGAGGAGAGUCUGACCGCUGAGUUCGUGCAGGACCUCUCCAUGACGCUUCAUCCUGCCCGGGUGACCCUCACUCUGCCCGCUCUGAAGUUCAGCUACGCCACGGACCUGCUGCCACUGCUCAGUGACCUCGGUCUCUCUGAAUGGCUAGCAGACACGGAGCUGGAGAAGAUCUCGGCUCAGCCCGUCAAGCUCAGCAGCAUGAAUCAUAAGGUCGUCAUGGAGAUGGCGCCUGAAGGGAACCAGUAUCCCAGCAGCACCUCACCACCGAGCCACCUGUCCUACCGAGUAGACCGCCCCUUCCUCUACCUGAUCCGGGACGAAGCGUCGGGGGCGCUGCUCUUCAUCGGCAGGGUGGUCAACCCCAAGGACCUGAGGAUAUAACACACACACACACAUACAGACACACACACGCACAUACUCUUAGCAGAUCCUAGGAGGGAAUUCAGGUGUUUGUGAGCCAAAAGUACAUACGUGAUAUUUGAGUUUGAUUUGAUUAUACAUGAUUUUUUUUUACUUUUCAUGUUGAAACACGUUAGCGUGAUCAUGUUAAUCUGACAGGACGCUCAAACACCCUGACCCAAACCUCCACACAGGACUGCUUUUUACAUACCACAUAUUGUCAUUUUGUCAAAAGAAAUAAAUACAAUGAAAUGAAACAA